CCGGGUCGACUGUCAUGGCCGCUUAGUACACUAAUAUUGGGAAGCAGAUGUGGUGAUCUGCAGUUUGAUCGUCCAUGGAGCAGAUCACCUUCCAUCAUGACACUGUGCUGUCAGAUGUUCACAUGCUCCAUCCCAGUGGACACCACUUUAUGACACACCUCAACAGUGUUGGACAACCUGUCUUCAUGUCUAGGUUCAAGAUUCUGACAGAAAGACGUGACAGUAACGAUCCAGAGGAUAAAAGGGAAAGAGAGCUCAGGGAAACCAGUGAAACAGACAUAAAAGCUGCUCGAGGACGGGAUGGAGAGGAAUACGGGGACAGGAAAGCAGAGCCACUCUUGGAUGUGGACGGAGAUCUCGACAUAAUACAUCGACCUCGGCCAAACACUGUGGGCGAUGGUGGUCGAGACUGGACUCAUCCAGUAAUUCUUAAACAGAACAGCACUGUACUGGAACAGGAAGAGUAUGACAUGGAUGAAGAAGGAUGUCAUUGGUUCAAGGACAUUAUAAGGAUCGAGCACACAAUGGCCACACCCUUGGAGGAUGUUGGCAAACAGGUGUGGCGGGGGGCAUUACUUCUGGCUGACUUCAUCCUCUCUGACCCGGACAUGUUCAGAGGAGCCACAGUUCUAGAACUUGGAGCAGGGACAGGCCUAACCAGCAUCAUCAUGACAACCGUAGCCAAAACCGUCUACUGCACAGAUGUGGGUGAAGACCUUUUAAGCAUGUGCAAAAGAAACAUCGCAUUAAAUAAACACAUUCUGGAGCCUGCAGGUGGGGAGAUGAAAGUGAGACAGUUGGACUGGCUCCAGGAUGACUUUUGCACAGAUCCCACCAUGGAGUUUAGUUGGACAAACGAAGAGGUAGCAGAUCUGAAUAACACCAGCUUCAUCAUUGCUGCUGACGUUUGCUAUGAUGAUGAUCUGACUGAUGGCCUUUUCCGAACAUUGUGCCGACUCUGCAGCAACUUUCCACGUAUCUGCACUAUCUUCAUCUCCAUGGAGAAAAGGAUGAACUUCACCCUGCGACACAUGGAUGUUUCCUGUGAAGCCUAUGAUCAUUUCAUCCACUGUAUGUGCCAACUUCAGGAGAUGGUGGAUGGACGCUGUCGUUUCAGAGUGGAACAGCUCCCUUCUAACUUUGGACAGUUUCUUUUAUAUGAACGCGUUGAGCAAUUGGAGCUCUGGAAGGUGACUGCGACUCCACUUCUUUUUGAGCAAACCAGAUCUGACACUGAACCAUUUUCAUCUUGACCUUGUACUUGCAUCAAAGCAGAGUGAACACUGUAUUCUCCAAAUAUUUUACUUAAAUUAUGCUUCAUGUUUGUUGAAGUUGAAGUUUUAAUCUGUGACAUAUAUAACUGAUAACAAUGAAAUUCAGUA